AUGGGUGGGAUGGGCUUCAUUCAGACCAACCACUCUGUUAUCAUGUAUAACAACACAAUGAUUAGUUUCAACAUGCUUGAGGCUGCUAGGAUCAACAGGGUCAAGAGUGCUUGCAUCUACUCUGAAUUUAAGCAACUGGAAACUAAUGUGAGCUUGAAGGAAUCUGAUGCAUGGCCUGCGGAGCCUCAAGAUGCAUAUGGCUUGGAGAAACUGGCAACAGAAAAGUUAUGCAAGCAUUACAACAAAGAUUUUGGAAUAGAAUGUCGGAUUGGGAGGUUCCAUAACAUUUAUGGUCCCUUCGGGACAUGGAAAGGUGGGAGAGAAAAGGCACCUGAUGCUUUUUGA